GAGUUAUGGCAAACGAAUAGAAGAAGAAGAAGAAGACAAAACGAACCCAAAUUCCAUCUCUCUUACAUUUCUGGCUGUCUCUUUUCUCAUUUCAUGCAAUUAAUAGCUCCCCCUCUGCAAGCCCUAACUGGAGUUCGUCGCCUUUUCGUUUUCCUUACUUAUGGGUGAAAACAUUCAGCCCUCUGCUGGAUUUUCUUCUGGACUGGCUGUGCUUUUGAAUGGUGGUGAGAAUAGCAAUACAACUUCUGACAAGAAGAAGAAGAAGAAUAAGAACCGUCUUAUUUCUUGCUGUGAUGAUUUUGGAGACCAGUCAUUGGACCGUACUCUAGAACAUAUAUUUGAUAUCCCUUGUAAAACUCUUAGUUAUGUAACAAGUCCUAUCGAUGUUGCUACAGUAGUUUCCAUUAUAAGGAAUCAUUUCUGGAAAUAUCAUGUAAAUUUUAACAAUGCUGCCGGAAAUGGAGAUGGAGAUGGUGUUUCUAUUUCCUAUGAUGGUUAUGGAUCAUCUCAUACUGUUGUUACCAUUGAAGAAUCUAGCAUAUGUGGUGAUAUUCAAGUUGUCAAGCCUCCUUCACUUUUGGAAAGCACGAAAAUGUUUAGUAGUGCAAGGGCGAAUGCUUGUGUGUGGAAAGGGAAAUGGAUGUAUGAAGUAACUCUUGAAACUGCUGGUAUACAACAGAUUGGUUGGACAACUCUGUCCUGUAAUUUUACUGAUCAUAAGGGUGUGGGAGAUGUGGAUGACUCUUAUGCGUUUGAUGGGAAACGAGUCAGCAAGUGGAAUAAAAAGGCAGAGCCAUAUGGCCAGUUAUGGGUGGUUGGGGAUAUAAUUGGCUGUUGCAUAGAUUUGGAUCAUGAUCAAAUUGCGUUUUAUCGUAAUGGUGCACCACUUGGAAUAGCUUUUCAUGAUAUCCGAAAGAUGGUACCUGGUCUAGGGUAUUAUCCUGCAAUUUCACUUUCUCAAGGUGAACGCUGUGAGUUAAAUUUUGGGGUUCGUCCUUUUAGAUACCCUAUUGAAGGUUUUCUUCCUAUUCAACCUCCUCCAUCUUGCAGUUAUGUUGUUACUCAUUUAUUGAAUUGCUUCUCAAGGUUGUUAGACAUUGAAUUUAACCAUGUUGAGAAAUUGAGAAGUCUGAAAAGGUUUUUCCCAUUUGAAAAACUAUUUGAUGCUGUUGCCCGUGGAAUCUGUGAAGAGCUCUUCACUGCAAUUGAUCUAGAUGCAUUUGGUAUAGAGUAUGUAGUGUGGGGUCCGCUAUCAUCAUUUAUUUUGAAGGCUUUUGGGCUGCAUCCGCCACAUGACUAUAGGACUUUGGAUAGGAUACUCAACGUGUUUCUAGAAUUUGGAGGAUCAGUGGUGAUGUUUGAACAUCUUUUGGACGCUCUUUCAUAUUUCUGCAAAACUGCUUCGAUGAUUUUGACUGAAUGCCCUUAUACAGGAUCAUAUCUCUAUUUGGCAUUGGCAUGUCACAUACUGAAAAGGAAAGAGUUGUUGGUAAUUUGGUGGAAGUCAAAAUAUUCCGAGUUUAUGCUUGAAGGUUUUCUGUCAAGGAAGAGCCCAAAUAAGCAGGACCUCCAUUGUUUAAUGCCUUAUGUCUGGUGGCCCGGUUCAUCUGAAGACCUGUCCAAUGAGAAGAGCAUGGCACUUUCUAGUACGGCCUUGUCUGAAGCAGUUAAUGUGAUUGAAGACAAACAUAGGGAUCUGUGUCGCUUAGUGAUGCAGUUCAUACCGCCUACAUCUACGUCUCCUCCACAGUUACCUGGUUCCGUGUUCAGGACGCUUUUGCAAAAACUUCUACUUAAAAGUAGGGGAUCUGAUCGCAGCUUACCACCCCUUGGUGUUUCUAGCAACUCUGUUCUUGUGUCUUUGUUUUCUGUCAUACUGCACUUUUUGUCAGAAGGCUUUGCAACAGGGGAACUGAAGGGUUGCAUGAGUAAUUCAAGAUCAGAUGUUGGGUUCCUUCAUCGAGGCGGUCAACAAAGCUUUCCCAUGAGCUUGUUUCUGAAGAAUGAUCCACAACGAAUUGAUAUCCCCAGACUUGGAGGUUCUUAUAGUCAUUUAGCAAAAUCCUUUCCUUCAAAUGUUGAUCAGGAAACAGAGAUGAUCCAGUGGGAAGAAGGGUGCAUGGAUGAAGAGGAAACUCGAGCAACACAUUUAAGGAUACAAAAGCCUUGUUGUUGUUCGGUAUAUGAUGACGAAUUCUCAAAAACUUUUCAAAGUCCUGUUAGAUUAACUACUAAAGCUUCUCAAGACCAUUGUGGUGCCAUUGCAGAGAGAUCUGCUCAUGUUGCUGCUGAAUGCAGUAACAGAAGUUUGAAUGAUGUGAUGGGUGAUAAGCCAAGCUCCAGUGAUAGGCUCGAAUCUGAUUAUAUUUAUUUUCCCAAGCAGCAAAUGCGGAUGAUAACAUCAGAGUGCAAUGUAUCUUCUGUAAUGCUAAGGGAAGAGGAACUUCUUGAUGCCAUGCUCCUUUUAUAUCAUUUAGGUCUUGCUUCAAACUUUAAGCAGGCAUCAUUCUACAUGUCCCAUCAGACUCAAGCAAUCUCUCUUCUGGAGGAAACUGAUAAACAAAUAAGAGACCGAGCUUGUGGGGAGCAAUUAAAGCGCUUGAAGGAAGCUCGUAGUUUCUAUCGAGAAGAAGUUAUGGAUUGUGUCAGAAACAAUGCAUGGUACCGUAUCUCUCUGCUCUCAAGGUGGAAGCAAAGGGGGAUGUAUGCUGCGUGCAUGUGGAUUGUUCAAUUGCUUCUGACUCUCAGCAAUGCUGAUCCUCUGUUUGCUUACAUUCCAGAAUUUUACUUGGAAACAAUGGUUGACUGCUUUCAUGUUUUGCGCAAGAGUGACCCUCCAUUUGCUCCUGCUGCUAUAUUCAUCAAUCAUGGGCUUGCAUCUUUUGUCACUUUUGUUGUUAGCCACUUUGAUGAUUCUCGGAUAUCAAGUGUAGAAUUAAGGGAUCUGCUUCUGCAGUCUAUUUCCGCUUUGGUGCAAUACAAGGAGUUUUUGGCUGCCUUUGAGAACAAUGAAGCUGCUAUAAAGAGGAUGCCUAAAUCAUUGUUAUCAUCAUUUGAUAAUAGAUCCUGGAUUCCUGUAACAACUAUACUAUUGCGAUUGUGCAUGGGUUCUGGUUCUUCGAAACAUGGAGAAUCCUCCACUUCAUCUGCUGUGUUUCAGAGAUUGGUACAAAAGGCUUGUAUGGAGGAUAAAGAGUUAUUCUUGAUUUUCAUCAACCGCCUAUUUAAUACCCUUAGCUGGGCAAUGACUGAGUUCUCAGUUUUAAUACGAGAACUGCAGGAGAAAUGCAAGGUUUUUGAGUUCCAGCAGAGGAAAUGUAGUGUCAUCUUUGACCACUCGUGCAAUCUAGCUAGACUACUUGAGUUUUUUACUCGGGAGAUCCCUCAAGUAUUUCUGUCAGGAGCUGAUACAAACCUUAGGAGGCUCAUGGAGUUGAUUAUCUUUAUUCUGAAUUAUGUGGCCUCAGAAAAAGACCCUGAAGUGUUUGAACUGUCUGUUAGGCGACAUGGUCAAACACAAGAGAAAAUUAAUAAAGGCAUGAUUCUAGCUCCUGUUGUUGGUAUCAUUGUCAAUCUAUUGGAUGCCAAUGUAGAGUCAGAUUGUAAUGAGAAGAAUGACGUAGUUGGUGUUUUCGCAAGUAUGGACUGCCUUGAUACUCUUCUAUGUGGAUUCCAGUAUCUCCUAGAGUACAAUUGGGUCGGACCCUUAAUAGGGGAUGUCUGCCCUUCCAAAUUAAGACAGCUUGAGCAACUGUCAGCCCUCCUCAUAAAUCGAGCUGCGGAUUCAAGAUUAAGCGAAGAUGGAGAAUCAGCAGUUGAUGCUGCUACUACGGAUUUAGUGUGUUGCAUAUGCUACACGUGCGAUGCAGAUGCAAGGUUCUUACCGUGUUCACAUGUAUCUUGUUAUGGCUGUAUUUCUAGGCAUCUUCUUAACUGUAAGAGAUGCUUCUUUUGCAAUGCAACUGUAGUGGAGAUAGUAAAUAAGUAGUAAUCUACAUUUAACUUAAACUUAGAAAGAGCAUUGAUCUUCACAGUAGCCUGUCUUUUGUGCUGUCUGUUUUAGGGUUAGAAAUAUUUUGUAGGUGGUGGUAAAGCCGAGGGAGUUGUAAUUUUGUAAAUUCUUGAGAUGUCAAUAGGAUUCAAAUUUCUUGGAA